AUGUCAGUUUCAUUUGUCUUUUGUAUCUUUUCACCACCUUGUUUGAAUUUGAUACUGUUUUCAAAUGAAUUAUUGAUUAUACUAUACAAUCAAAGACUUUUUUGUCCAUUUUGGAAUAACGAUGGGCGAACAUCAGAUGAUCGAUUAUUCUUCUCUCUCUUUGUGUUUGAAGUUAUUGUUAUUGUUAUUGUUAAUGUUACUGUUAUUGUUAUUGUUACUGUUGACUAUCUCAAAUUAAAUAACUAUUGUUUGAUAUUGCUAUCAAAUCUAAAGUUUGGUGCUGCACUAUUUGAACAACUCAAUUGGAGGUGUAAUAUCAAUUUGGCAAAUGAAACUGGUGAUCACACCUAUCGCGAACCAACAGAGUGA